AUGCUGCUUAAAGCAAAACUCGGAGGUGUGCAGAAAUUUGUUAGAGUAUCUGAGCCAAGCCUUAAGGAGUUUUUGAUUGCCGCAUUUGCAAAGUUUGGUGUGCCAGCCGUAACAGAAGGAGUGAAAGUUUUUGAUAGUUCAGGGACUGAGUUGGAUGAGGAUGUAUUUGAGGAUAUAGUAACAGAUCCCUCAACCGGGGUACUAACCAUCAAAUAUGAAACAGGUCUGGAAACAUCUGCUGCAGAAGUGUCUCCUGAGCGAUUCCAGUUAUCAUCGCCACAUUCAUCAGAUUCACAGGAUACGGCCAUCCUUUCACACAGCCCUUUGAGGAAGCGUCAGAAGCUGGAUGCAGAAGCUAAGCAAUUGGUGGAAUCGAUUCUCACCAGCAAACCUGGUGGAGAACGUAUAAUAAAUGAAUACAAUCGGACCAAGUCCCUGGUUGAUGAAACCAGAAGAAAAAUGGUCAACAUACUGGUAGCUGACAUGACAGAAAAAAAUGGUACAUCACCACCACGGCAGGUAAAAGAAAUGUAUGCCAGAGGAAUUGUAACCUUUUUCCCUUACCUCAGUGACCCGUACUCAAAAAAUGGCUAUGAACAUUAUUAUGAUGGAGAGAGUGGCACUGGGUACUUGGCCUGGAGGAUUAAGACCAUACAGAGAUGCACUGCUAAAGAGAGGCGAUUAUCAUCUGGAGGAGAUGGAUCAUCGGGUGAAGACCAGUGUGGUGGACCAACUGUCAGACGAGAGUUGCAGUUUGUUACAGAGAACGUGCUGAGUGAGGAUGAGUGUAAGGAAGCAAUCUCUCUGAUGAAACAUUCAGCUGAUGAAGACACAGUCAAGAAGAAGAUGAAGUUGACAUUUGUUUAUCGACACAACAUGGUCCUUGACCCCCUGCUGUCAAGCAACAUACUGUCUGUUUUUCCACGUUUCAAAGAUAUCAAAGGCUUGAUCGAACAGGAUUUUGUACUGAUGUUUGGUGAGGAUGUAUCUGGCAGGUUGCUGGAGAGGUGGCCAACAACAUUCAAAAGAAAGAUUAUCCAACAAGGCAGAAAGCUUCCUUCUACCAGUGACCUGGAAGAACUCUUGCUGGCAGCUGACUCUCCUGAGGAUGCCACUGAAGUUAAUGCUGACAGUGGCUGGGACAGUGACCUCUCAGCGAUUCUAUUGCUAUUACAUCUGAUUCCACCAUCUGGUCAGGGUCGGAAGAGACCAGGAAAGGUGUCAGCUUCUCAAGCAGAAAGGCAUCUUGUGGUUUUCAAGAAGACUGGAACAAAUAUCCAAGAGCACCUUGAUGCCAUCACUACCAGCACUCAACCCUACCUCCUGGCUGUUGGGGUGAAAAAGAAUGACAUCCACCGGUUCUUCAUUAUUCUUGACAAGAAUGCCAUACCAUGCAAGUCUACCUCUUCACUUGGUGCUUUUGAUGAACUGUUUAAAGCACAUUUUGUGUUUGGCACAUCUUACAACACCAUGCUUCACAACAUGUACACGUUCAUCCAAACCACUGUGUACAAUAUAGAUGUUGGCAAAGUCAAAGAAAGUCCCAGAGUUGCUGAAAUAAGGACAAGGUUGCUUCGUUAG